AUGAAAUAAUUAUUAGCAAUUCAUUUAUUGAUUUGCUUAUCUCUAGCAUCUACAGCUUAAGAUGAUCUAGUUAAAUCAGAUGAUCUAAAAGAAUACACAAAUGGCGUAUUUGAUUUCAAAGGCUAAAUGUAUUCAGGGUAUUUGAAAGCUAUAGAUGAUGAUAAAACCUAUUUUCAUUAUUAUUUUAUGACAUCAACCUUUGAAGAUGUAUUUACUCAACAAAAUACUCCAGUUAUGUUAUGGUUGAAUGGAGGACCAGGUUGUUCAUCACUAUAAGGAGCAGUAAAUGAAAAUGGACCAUUUGUAUUUAAGGAAGGAACAGCAGAAUUCUAAGAGAACUAAUGGAGUUGGACUAAAUUUGUAAUAUUCUCUAAUUUAUAUAUAGGCUCAUAUGUUAUAUUUAGAAUCCCCUGCUAAAGUAGGUUAUUCAUAUGGUGAUGCUGAUGUAAAUGAUGAUACAGUAGCAAUAUAAAAUUUGAGAGCACUUGUAGAUUUUUUUGAAAGAUUUCCGGAAUAUUAAACGAAAGACUUUUUUAUUGCUGGAGAAAGUUAUGCUGGAAUCUAUAUUCCUUUAUUAGCUAAUUAAAUAUUAAAGCAUAAUAUAGAAUAUCCUAAUAAUACAAUCAAUUUAAAAGGAAUUAUGAUUGGUAAUGGUUGUACUCAUCCAACUGAAUGUAGUGAUGUUGCUGAUAUAUAUCCUAUUCAUACUAUUGAAUAUUUUGCUAGAUAAGGGUUUUUGAGUGAGGAAUAAUAUAAAGUGGCUUAACAUUUAUAAAAUAGUGGAAAAUGUUCUGAUUUACAUAAUUUACAUUAAGAGUGUUUUGACUUUUUGGAUUAAGUUGUUAAUUAAUAUUAUGAAUCACCAUCGUAAUUAUUUAUUAUUAAACAUUAGAGUAUUUCUCAUGAAUCCUUAUAACAUAUAUGGUUAUUGUUAUAAUUAUAAACCUGAUUAAUAUUAAUUAAGAAAAAAUGAUCCUAUGUUAAAAAGAUUUAUACCAAAAAAUAAUAAAAAUGAUGAAGAAUUUGGUUCAUGCACAGAUGAUAAGGGAAUGUAUGUUGUUUUUAGAGAUCCUAAAUGGAAAUAAAUAACUCAUAUAAAACCUGAAAGUCCUGAAUGGGAUGUUUGUACUGAUGAUGAUGAAUUCAUUUAUGAAAAAUUUGAAUAAUAGUCAUAUUACAUUUAUGAAUCUUUAAUUAAAUCCAAGAAAAUUAGAAUUAUGCAUUUUAGUGGAGAUAUAGAUUCAGUUGUUCCUAUAACUGGUACUUUAUUUUGGAUUUAAUUGUUAUAAAAUGAAUUAUGUAAAGUAUAAUUUAAUAAUUAGAAUUAUCUACUACUGAAAAUUGGAGAGCAUGGUAUGUUCCAGGAGAUAGAACAAUGGAUACAUAAUAAAAUGCAGGAAAUGUAUUUUCUAUAGAAGGAUUAUAAUUUGUUACAGUUAGAAAUGCUGGACAUAUGGUACCAACUGAUCGUAGAAAAGAAGCUUAUUGGAUGGUCAAAUAUUUUAUUCUUGAUCAAAAACUUCCAGAUAGAUAAUAAUCCAUUUCUGUAUAAUGAU